AUGGCAGAGGAUGAAAAUGUUCCAGUGCUAACGGUGGAGCAGAAGAUUCUCCUACAAAAACUGAAGAUCUGGGACAAGAUUGCCUCAGGCAAUCUGCAUUCGAUCGCCUUGUCAGAUGUGCAGGCGCUCUUCGACAUCUUAGAUCCGGGCGAAAAAGGCCACAUCACUCGAGGGGAAUGCUUUUCGCUCCUGCAGAUUCAGAAUGUCAAGAUCUCGCGUUCCUACUUAAAAGAUCUCUGUGAAGAUGCAGACAAAGACAACAGCGGAACUAUCACCGCGGAGGAGUUUCUGAAAGCCUUGGUCACUGGAAAGGUUGCAUUCAACUAUUUGAAGGAAUCCUUGAACAAAGGAGUCAAGGAGAUGAAACAGAAUGAAUGCGAUCGGUCUGACUUAAUUGAAUGGCUUCAGCAGGAAUAUGAAACGACCAGUGCGCUCUAUUCAAUGCCUUCGGUGUUGAUUCUUUGCGUUGCCUAUUUCUACUUCGCCACCACACACGUGGACGUGACAAAUGCGUGGCGUUCACGAAACACCUUGUACCACAAUCUGCACAGUUUGUGGAAGCCGGCCAUCAGAGCGGAUAGGUACGGCACGCAAGCACACAUGGAAUGGACCGUGAAUGUGUGGCUUCCGAAGUACUAUCGGCAAAACCUGGAUACCGACCCCCAGCCUGGCCGUGUGGCGAUUCAGAAUCAGAUCAUUGGAGGCUCGCGUCUGCACAAAGAGUACUGGCAGACAGGACCUUGCAUUGUCAGUCCAGAACAAGCUAGGCUCUACAACUCCUACACUGCUCAAUGUGAUCGCAAUGGAGGUUUCACAGAAGAGGAUAUUGUAUUGCCGUACCACUUGCAGAAGAGCAUACAUGAGUUCACGCUCAGCAAUCUCACGAAAUCGAACUGGUUUGACAACCGGGUAGCGCUGCUUGAGUACCAGACUGUCUUCUACAACGGUCAUAACAACAUGCUCACCUUUGAACGUCUGCAAUGGGAUUUUCAGCCGAGUGGUUAUUUGCAGCUCUGGUUCAAUCAUGAGUCCUGGAUGGCGGAACCCUACGGCAAUUGGUUCAACGUCAUUCCAGAUAUCCUCUUCAUCAUGGUUCUGCUGAGAAUGGCCCAUCAGGAGGCUAAAGAACUGCUGCCUGCCAUCGCUGGAGGUAUGGAUGGCAUCAAGGAUUACUUCAAGUUCUGGAACCUGGUCGAUUGGACAGCCAUUCUGGCUGGCUUUAUGAACGUGGUCAUCUGGCUUUACUUCUUCUACAAAAUCUCUGUGGAACUGCCAGCUGUGAUUGGCGAGAUUCCUCAAGCCGAAUUGGAUGCCCGGGUGCUGCAAAAUCAGACCUUUUUGACGGUGGACACGAUGUCGGAGAUCAUUGAUCCGAUGUUGCUGAACUUCCGGAUCAACGAGGUCUUCAUUUUGGCCAGGGAGAUCUAUGACUUCCAUGCCAUACUGCGGGGCUUCUUUUUUGGAUACUUCUUCAUUCUGAUGAUGAAAUUUUUCAAGACCUUUCAGGCGAACCCGCGAUUGGACAUUGUGGUGCAAACCAUCAAUCACUGCUCGGUGAACGUGGUCCAUUUCGCCAUUGUCUUCUUGGCCAUCUUCCUUUGCUAUGCCUUUGCGGGACAUUUUCUCCUGGGCCACAUGCACAAGGGCUGGGAUUCCAUGUUGGGAUCGCUCUUCAUGCUGUGGUCCACGGAAUUAACCAUGGAGGAUGUGAGUAGCUUCAGCGUUCCGGUUCAGGCUGUUUGCUACUUGUGGUCCUUGACCUACCAGAUUCUAGUGCAGCAGGUCAUGUUGAACAUGCUCUAUUGUAUUGUCUUUGAUUCCUAUGCAUUUGUCAAGACGCGUGCUGGCGCACCCUUGACCCUCUAUGCACAGAUCAGGGAUGCAGCAGCGACAGCAAGGGAAACCAGAGGUUUUGUGAACCUCUACACCUUGAUCGUGCAGCUGGAGGACGAUGAUUUUCCAGCGCAUCCCAAUGAAAUUGUGACCACCAGAUCCUUGAAACGCGCCUUUGAGCAAGACGGGAUGACGCGUGCGAACGCUGAAUACCUUUUGAUGAAGACCGCAGACUUCGUGCAAGAGAAGUCGGAGGAGAUUGAGCUGUCCUUGUCAGAUGCGAUUCGCGUGACAGGUCAUAUCCAGACCACCAUGCUGAAGAGUUUGGAUUUUGCCGAAGAUUCCCUCACGAUGAUCUCCACGGAAGCCCGGAACAAGGAGGCGGCCGAACGACAACAAGAUCGGGCAGCCUUCGUGUCCAAUGCUUUGGGAGAGAUGCCAAGCUUUGAGCCGCAGCAGGGCAAAGAAGUGAUCUCAGUGUCGGAUGAAACGAUGGAGCGAUUGGAGCAAUGCUUGGAUCUGGUGGCUGAUGUGCUGUCAAGUUGUCGGCAAGAACAGACGAACAUCGCAGCAGACAUCAAUCAAGAGUUGCAAUCCAUUUGGAAGCAGGAGGAUGAGCGUUAUCACAAGAUGGAUGUCAUGAUCCAUGAAAUGGAACAGGGCUUACAGGCCAUGGAGAGAAGUAUUGGAUCUAUUGGUGUGUCCUUUAGCGGAACCAACUUCCAACAACUGGCCACGGUCCCUGAACGCUGCGAAACUGCACAGCUCUUGGAGGCUUUGGACUCACAGGAUGAACAGAGCUGUGUGGGCCGACUGGAUACCAAGCUCCAGGACUUGGGUGAAAUAAUGCACCAGCUGAGUCACAAGGCGGGAACGUUGAGCUAUGUUGAGCUGUUGGAGGCGCAAAGGACGUCGGAACUCAGAGAGAUCGUCUGGAGAUUGGAACUCAGCUUGCGAAUGCUGAACGACGGCAAGGGCGUGAUCCCCAUGAAUUGUUUCAUUCGAGAGGAGCAACAGAAGAAGCUCGUGUCCAAGGAGGAACGUGCCUUGCAAGGGCAACGUUUGGGCAUCGAUGCCGUUCAUUGGUUGCGUUCCAUUCAGGCCCUUAAGGAUCCAUUUGCUGAUGCCUUGGGAGGGGUUCCUCCUGGUAUUUUUGGCGUCGUGGACAAGGAGCUGGAAGGAUUCCGUAGACUGCAAAUCACACCAGUCUUCAUUUUUCAAGGGAUGACCCCUGGACCCAAGCACUCCAUGUUUGUGAAUCGAAUGGAUCAGCAAAUGAUGGACGCCUGGGCGCUUUUGGCCAGUGGCCACAACAGUGAGGCUCAGAAGUUUUUUGCGGUCUCAACCAGCCGCAUCAAUGGCGAUUUCGUCUAUUUCAUCUUUCAGCACAUGCGCUACCGUGGCUGCGAAGUGCUGCAAGCACCAUACUUUGCAGGAACGCAGCUGGUGCACUUUGCUGAGCAGGGAGUAGUCCAGGCAGUUUUCGGCCCGCCAGGUUUGUUGCUUUUUGGUCUCAGCAAAGUGAUCAUCAACAUCGACUUCCAAAACGUGCUCUUCGAUUGGAUCGAUUUGGAACGCAUCCUGGAGAAAUGGACCAUGACGCGGGAGCAGUUUGUGGACGCCUGCAUGUUGGCUGGAACGGAGUAUUGUCUCACCUUCCCCUACUUGCAGGUGGAUCAGGUGAUGCGCUUCAACUUCGAUGUGGAGUCUCGGCAGUCUUCGAUGCUGGUACAAUGGAUGCAUACCUUCCCAACAGAGGAGAUCAAGGCAGAUCACAUGGAGGGCUACUGCGUUUGCAAGCUUCUCAUCCAGAGCUCACCGGUGUAUAGUGUGACGGAGAAUGCCGUGAGACCCUCAGCUUUGUCGGGUGCAGUGCCGAGCGACUACCCGGCAGUUCUGGGAGCCUUACUGCCCAGCAGUUUGUAUUUUCUGAUCGUCAGCGGAGUUCUUUCAGCAAAGCUUCCUCAGGCACUGGCCAAAGGAGAAUGGCUGGACAAGUCGCAACCGCUGGUGGAUACACAGGAGUAUCGUCAGUUGCUCUCCGAAGCUUGGAGCAUCAGGCCAUCAGUGGACUUGACGGACUAUCGCCAACGAGCCCUGGGUCUUAUCGCGCGUCACUUGCCGCCAUACUUUCGAAAUAAGCGCAUUCUUUGCAAGGCUUUUUGGGAGCAUUUGCAAAACCGUCGCACGGCAGACCCUGGUCGAGCCAGGCGUUAUUUGCAGCCUGAGAAGAUGCAGGACAUCAUUCGAUGGAACAUCAAUGCCACAAAUGUGGCGCAGGAGCUGCACAGACAGAGCAUCAAGAAGGUUGACUUCAAGUUCUGCCUUGCCUGGCACGCCAACGAGGUGCUCAAGGAGGGGCCGCUGAUCAGCGAUCUGCAGCGUGAGACGAUCCCGGAAAAUCACAAGGGCAACGACACCAAGGCAAUCUCAGCGAUCGUUCACUUCAUGUUGCUGGAGCACUUGGGGCUCAUAGCAGACGAUGGAGCAAUGACUGUGACUGGGACCAGCGACAUGUUGCAGGUGGCAGUGGGUGGCGAUGACGAAAAACGGCUGUUGCCUGGUGUUUUGGAUUUGAUGAUCACCCCCUGA